AUGUCCUUCUUCGCACGCGUAACAUCUCGUCCCCCAGUACCUGGAACCACCAACGCAAUAAUAAUGGGUCGGAAAACCUACGAUUCUGUCCCGAAGAGUCUACGCCCCCUAGCGAAGCGUAUCAGCGUGGUGAUCACGCGUGAUACGACUGGUUCUGUCCGUGAGGGCGUGUUACAAGAGCUUGAAGCGCGAAAGGCGAAGAUUGCUGCUAAGGCAGCGGAAUCUGCUGGGGAUGUUGUGGGCGAAGAGCCGGUUACGGAUGCGCUUGUGACGCCUAGCUUGGAUGCGGCGCUCUCUGAGCUGGAUUCUGUUUAUGGGUCUUCGGGGAAACUGGGGAAGAUUUUUGUCAUUGGUGGUGCGGAGAUUUAUGGGGCUGCAUUACGGAUGGAGUUUGGGUCAAGGCCUGUUAGGGUUGUUAUGACUAAUGUUGUGAGGAAGCCUGAAGGCGGAGCUGAGGUGCCGUAUGAGUGUGAUACUUUUUGGCCUUUGGAUAGUAUGCAGGGGAAUGGGUGGAGGAGUGCUAGUCCUGAGGAGUUGAGCGAGUGGGUGGGAGAGGAAGUUACUGGGGAGUGGAAGCGGGAGGGAGAAGUUGAGGUUCAGAUGGUUGGGUUUGAGAAGUUGGAUUGA